GAGGACGGCCAGAACAACUUGCAGUGGCAGCGCGUAUCUGAGCAGCGCCGCAGAGACGCCAUGCGGGAAAAUUUUGACUUGCUCAAGCGCAUGCUGCCACAGGCAUACAUGGCCAGUGAUGAUGGCAGAGAGCUAGCACGCCCGGUUUUGCUCGCGCGCUUUUUGCGGUGGGUUGAUGAUACACUGAUUGAGAUGGCAAGUUUGAAGGCGGAGGUGGCGCGCCUGCGCGUGGACACGCAGAGCCCCGGUAUGGCCGCGGAUAUGUGGCCUGAUAAUACACCUCGUGCUUUCUCAGCACCGGCAGUUAUUGAUGCCGCACCGGUUACUGCUGACUCUGGUGAUUACCAGAUGUCUGCAUUUGCUCAGCCGAGCGAUGGUUCAGAUAACCAAGGGUCGGCCUAAAAUAUUUAAUUUGGCG